AUGGCCCAGGAAUACAAGCUCAUCGGUCUGGCAUCCCUGGCCGAUGUCAAAUCCUUCGAUAAAAUCGAAUGCGAGGUCGAUGGUGUACAGGAUGGCAAGGUCCUCGUCGUGAAAUACGAUGGCCAGGUCCAUGCGCUCAGCCCGCGGUGCACGCACUACGGAGCGCCGCUGAAGCUUGGCGUUGUGGUGCCGGAUGGCCGGAUUACUUGUCCAUGGCAUGGUGCUUGCUUUAAUAUCAGUACCGGCGAUGUCGAAGAUGCGCCUGCUUUGAAUGCGCUGCAGAAAUUCGACAUCUUCGAGCGCGAUAAUGCCGUUUACAUCCGUGGCACGGAGGCAGAUAUCAAAUUUGGCCAGCGGAAUCCAGUUACCAAAUGCUCCGUUUCCAAUGCUGAAGAGAAGGUCGUCAUUGUUGGCGGAGGAAGCGGCACAAUCGGCGCCGUCCAAGCUCUCCGUGAACUCAAAUACCCCGGCAGCAUCACAAUCAUCUCCAAAGAACCCGAAAUCGUCAUCGACCGCACCAAGCUCUCCAAAGCCCUAAUCGCCGAUCCAGCCAAGAUCCUCUGGCGACCCCGCGAAUGGUUCACCGAAGCCGGCAUCGACAUCGUCAACGACGAAGUCACAUCCGUCGACUUCGCCGGUAAAUCCGUCAAAACAGCAUCCGGCUCGACAAUCCCCUAUUCCAACCUCGUCCUCGCCACGGGCGGCUUACCACGUACCCUGCCUCUGCCCGGCUUCCGUAACAACGAGCUCGGCAAUAUUUUCACGCUCCGCUAUGUAUCAGACGUCCAGGCCAUCCUGGCCGCAGCAGAUGGCUCGAAGAAGAAUAUCGUCGUUAUCGGCUCGUCUUUCAUCGGAAUGGAAGUUGGCAACGCGCUAGCAGGAAAGGAUCACGCCGUUACUAUCGUGGGAAUGGAAUCCGCACCCAUGGAGCGCGUCCUAGGCGCACAAGUCGGUUCUGCUUUACAAACAAACCUCGAAAAGAACGGUGUCUCGUUCAAACUCUCCGCCGGCGUCGAGAAAGCUACCUCCUCCGAUUCAAACCCAUCUACUGUCGGCGCAGUCCAUCUCAAAGACGGCACCGUCCUCCCAGCAGACCUCGUCGUGCUAGGCGUCGGCGUCCGCCCCGCAACAGAUUACCUCCGCGAUAACUCCGCGAUCACACUGCUAAAGGACGGCUCACUCGAAACAGACGUCCACUUCGCCGUCCCCGGUCUCGACGGUGUCUUUGCCAUCGGCGAUAUAGCCACAUAUCCGUACAACGGACCCGGCGGCGACGGCAAGCCUGUCCGCAUCGAGCACUGGAACGUUGCGCAGAAUAUGGGUCGUGGUGUUGCCCGUGCGAUCGUCCAUGCUAGACGGUCCCCGCUGGCGUCGUUACCUGCUAAAUCAUUCAUCCCCGUUUUCUGGUCGGCCGUUGGUGCGCAGAUGCGGUAUUGUGGAAAUACGAUUCAUGGGUUUGAUGACCUUGUUAUUAAGGGGCAGCUUGGAGAAGCUAAGUUUGUGGGGUAUUAUACUAAGGGGGAGACUGUUGUUGCUGUCGUUACUAUGGGCAUGGAUCCGGUUAUGGCUAAGGCUGCGGAGUUGAUGAGGAGGGGUCACAUGCCGGGGAAGAAGGCAAUUAUGGAUGGGAUUGAUUUGUUGGCUGUGAAUGUUUGA